UCAUGAAAGGUUGAGUCGCUGAGUGGGGUCCUCUGUCCCAUCGUCUCUUAUAACAGGGAGAUUGAAGUGGAAGGCGGUUGGCCAAAAUGCCGGUGGAGAUGGCGGACGGUGGGAGGAAGCUUGUGACUCUCGAUGACCUCAUCGAUGCUCUGGACAAGUGUGAGAGGGCGCCGAGCAACGUCCCAAAGGUCGAGACUUUCUACUUCAAAGGGGAUCGAGUAUCUGAUUGGUUGGAUCUGACGGAGCAGGCGCUGGUGGGACUGUCAGAUGAGGUCAAGCUCCAGCGGGUUCUGAGGUAUGUCCUACACAGUCACCAUCGGGAAGUAACUAAGGUUGUGGAUGCCGCAGGUGGCAGUUGGGCAAAGUUUGAAGACCUAAUGCGAAGGAAGUAUAGGCUGGGGGACGGCCUGUUGACCAUGGCCGACUUGGAGGUCAUGAACAAGGAAGACUUUUCUACCAUUGGGGCGUUUGUGCACGAGUUCAAGAAAAGGGAGAGAAAAGUGCACGGGAUUUCUGAGGAGGCGCAGUGCGCCACAUUUUUGGGACUGCUCACAGGCUCGGAGGUCACAGAGCUGACGAAGUAUGGGGAAGGAAGCAGGAGGCUCACCUGGGCAACCAUUGACAAGGGAGUAGAAGAAGGGAGCCUGGACCAGGCCCACGUGGGGCACAUGGUCCCCUAUCCAGGCCCAUCCGCAAGUAUGGGCCCCCCGAGCUACCCGCCGGCUCAAAGCCAGCCCGUGGCUCAACCGCCACCCUCUCAGCAGGCCUCGCAAGCUAGUGUGGCCGGGGAAGGAGGCCAAGGACAAGACGGGCAGGGCAAUGGGGGCCGGGGCCAAGGAGGUAGAGGAGGGGGCGGCCGGGGGCGGGGAGGGAACGGUGGAGGCCGUGGAGAAGGCUGGAAUGGUCAAGGGGGUCAGAACCAAGGUGGCCAAGGCAGCCAGGGAGGGGGCCAAGGGUACGGGAGGCCCCGCUUCGGCUGGCAGAGCGCAACUUGUUGGCAUUGUGGCGAGGUGGGCCACACCGUACGAUUCUACCAACAGUGGCGGGACGACGAAAAGGCAGGAUUAAUCUCCACCUGUAUGGACGGGGAUAUAUACGACCGGUGGGGAACCCACAUUGACCCCAAGACCCCGGGAGGAAUCAGGCAGGAAGCCCUCAGGCGGGCAGCGGCCGGACCUCCAGCAGCCCCGGCAAUGUUCAGGAUAUGGCAGGAAAGGCAAGACCCCGGCGUAAGGGUCGAGGAGAUUGUGGAUGAAAAUGAGGAAGUGACUCAGCGGCUGAAGGCGGGAACUAUAAAGGAGGAGCCCAUAGUUGUUGAGUCCGAUGAAGAGGCGCAGGAAGUGGUGAGAGAAUCAGCCUCGGCCAUCCUGGAGAGGAUGGAGGACCUGCUUGCAAAGGUCGGCAGGUACCAGGAACGGCUAAGGGCAAUGUGUGAAAAGGCCCGAGAAUGGGAAAUGAGCCUUCCUGAGGUGAUGCUCUAUGGGUCUGGUCCGGAGUCGUCGUCAAGACCGCAAGGAUGUCCAAGCGUGGCGACGGCCGGGGCAGGUCCUAGGUCAGGGAUGACCUUCAGACCCCCUACGUCGCAUGGAUCGGUACCACAGGCCGCGCAGACUAGGGGCCAAAGUAAGGCUACCACCAGUCAAGGGCCCAGUCAGGCACCCUGUCGGGCGCCCCCUCGAAAGGACCCUGAGCCCGAACGAAGAAAGGAAGUGGUAGAAGUUCAAGAAGAGGAAGAUGAGGGUGAUGACGGAGAGGACGAGAGGCUCUGGCAGGAGGAGGACCGGAGGGCGGAACAGAGAGCCAAGAAGAGAGGGGCUCAGGGAGGGGUGGAGCCRAGUCUGCAUGAUGGCGUGCCAAAAAGGAAGAAGUACGCAGUCCGACUGGAGGAAGGCUUUGACGUGGAGCGAAUGGUGGAUAAGCUUCUGGAGGUCCAUAACGAUCUGAUGAACUUAAAGGACAUUUUGGCCUCAGCACCAAGGCUCCGGGGCGAGCUGAAAAAGCGGCUCUCGCGAAGGUUAGUGCCCAAUGUCCACCUGAGCUCAAUUCUGCCCAGGGAGAUAGAGUGGACAGAGGUGGGCACUAGGAUGGAUUGGAAAUGUGUAGCGUGUGGGUUGGUGGACUUGAAGGUGAGGGACCAGCCGAGCAUUGCAAUAGUGGACACGGGCGCGGAAAUGAAUAUCAUCCGGGAGUGGGACGCGACGAUGUUAGGGUUCGAAGUUGACCAUUCGGACCAUGGUGUGCUGUACGGCGCCAACUGCAAGGCCAUUUUYUGCGGCACAGUGUCUAAUGUGAUGGUGGAGAUUGGGAGAGUAAGGGCGCGAACGUGCUUCUUCGUCAUGCCCGACGUCGACCACCCUAUUCUUCUGGGGAGGUCGUUCCUCUGCCGAACGGAGACCUUGGUCUUCAACAGGCAUGAGGGAACGAUGAUCCUGACUCUACCUGAUUCAGCCUGUGGAAACUACGAAAUCGUCAAGUGCCGGAACACAAGGCCCAAAAGUAGGAAGAACAGACUCAACCUCGGCUCCUUUACCUUCGAGGAGUCUGAGUACGCGCGACGGAGACUCCGGAAGGAGCAAGAGGAGGAAGGAGCAGGCGAGGUAUUAUCCCUGAGCCUUAAUGAUGUGAAUAAGGCAAUGGAGGUGGUGGCGACGCAUAAUAUGGCGGACCCUGAGGCUUUCAAGGCAUUGAGGGAGCAGGCAGGACCAUGCUGCAUCAAUAAUGAGAAUGAGGAAGGGUUGAUAAUUGGCGAGCCUGACUUCCUGUCGCCCCAGGAGAGGACCUUGAUGGUGGAGACCAUGAGGAGGAGGCAUUGCGCGUAUGCGUUUAAUGAUGACGAGCGUGGAAGGUUGGACGUGGAUAAGAUCCCGAUGAUACGAAUCCAUACCGUCCCACACGAGCCGUGGAACCUGAGGGGCACGYGGUACCCGAAUCCGGAUGAGGAGAAGAAGGUGGUGGAUUACUUGGAUGGGAAGAUGAGGACGUAUGUAGCGGAUUACUCCAGUGGACCGUAUGCUUCCCCUUGGUUUUGUUUUACCAAGCCGAACGGAACGCUGCGGUGGGUGCAGGAUCUGCAACGACUGAAUGCAGUGACGGUGCGGGACGCGGGAGGAUUGCCGAACGCGGACGCCCUUUCAGAAUCAUGCACAGGAAGGCYUAUAAUCUCACUUAUAGACCUUUACUCUGGGUAUGACCAGUUUCCUGUGUACCUACCGGAUAGGCCGGUGACAGCGAUGCAUACGCCAAGGGGGCUGAUCUACAUGAACGUGGCGCCUCAGGGAUGGACUAAUGCGGUGGCGAUGGUGCAAAGGCACAUGAUUAGGGCCAUGCAGAUGGUUAGUCCACAUAUUACUCAGCCCUACAUUGACAAUUUGGCGGUCAAGGGUCCAAAGGAGAAGGAGGAAGAUGAAGUGAUGCCAGGAGUGAGGCGAUUCGUCUGGAAGCACGUCCAGGAUAUCGAUCAGGUUUUGGGUCUGCUGGAAGAACACAACCUGACGGCGAGCGGCCCCAAAUCGAAGCAUUGUAUGAGGGAGGCCACAAUUCUGRGCUUUGUCUGCAACGAGAAAGGGCAGAGGCCAGAUGUGAAGAAGACGGACAAGAUCCUAGAGUGGUCAGUCCCCUUCCAGUCGAUAACGGACGUGAGGGGCUUCCUUGGGACCUGCGGGUUUUGGAGGAGUUUUGUGAGGGACUUCGCCACCAAGACGGAACAUUUGAGGAAGCUGGUGCGUCAAAAUCAGGAGUGGGUCUGGGGUGAAGAACAGGAGAAGGCUGUGGAAGGGAUGAAGAGAGAAUUUAAGGAAGGAGGCUUGGUGCUGGGGGCGCCGAAUUACGAAGUCACGGAGGAGAAACCAUUCGGUGUCGAGACGGAUGAUGGGCCAACUGCCCUAGGAGGGGUCCUGAUUCAGGCAGAUGCGGAUGGGAAGGAGAGACCGUUAAUGUUUGAAAGUUGUACCCUCAAUACGACUGAGAGAAAUUACUCCCAGUUUAAGAAGGAGACGUUGGCGGUGCUCCAUUGCCUAAGGACYUUCCGCUACUAUAUCUUUGGCAGGAGACUCAUUUUGAGGGUGGACCCUACUGCGCUUGCGUGUUCCCUGAAAAGUUACACUCCAUCUGACCCAACCAUCGCGAGGUGGCUGRCCUACAUUUGGAUGUUUAACUUUGAGUUGGAGAGGAUUCCCGGGGWYAAGAACAGGGCAGAUGGGCUGAGCCGUAUCAACUGGGAUGGGGCGGGUCAAGAGUCAAUUGAGGAUACCCCACCAGUCGAUGGGUUCUUGGAUCAGGAGGAGGAUGUCCGCCUUCAUAUAAAUGAGUGGUCACUGAGGGUGCCCAGUUGCGUCACGCAUCCUAUAUGGCUAGCACCAAGGGGGUACGAGCAGAAGGAGGAGUUGGUCCUCAAGCCCUUCCAGGAAGAAGAUCCGUGGGGGAGUAGGGAUGUUGGCUGGAUGAUGAGGUUSGCAUUGGCAGGGACACAUAGUCUAGCGGAGGAGGAGCUGGACAUACCAACAGAGACGCCAUUCCGAAGCUUAGCGAUGCAUCUCAAUGUAUCCCAAUGGGAGGCCUCACGCCUGGGAGAGGGCUCAGUUGAGCCGGCGUGCUACGUGCCAUUGGAGGAGCCCCUCGACCUUGAGAUGGAGACAGACAUGCGAGACCGAGAGGAGCCGCAGGAUCCUGAGAUGGCAACCGAGCGGCCGGAUCUGGUACGACCUCAGGGCAGAGAGGUGAUCACGGUUGGGGAUGAUACCCCUCCAUGCUCCCCAGCUCCAAAGCCAGCACACCGUUUAUGGCCAGAGGGGAUUCCUGAGCCAGGCAGUGAGGAGAUCCCGGGGUCUCCCCCGGAGGCCACCGCUAUACCUGAGCAGGAGGCAGAGGCGGAGGACCAGGGUGUGUGUGAGAGAGCGAGGAUGGAGGCGCCUGGUGACUUGCCAUCGGCCACGCACGCGACCAAGAGCCCAGUUAUCGAGGAGCCCGUUCCAGUAGAGUUACCGCCAGUAGUGCCAUGCAUGAGUGAGGGGAUGGGUAUUGAGGCAUCAACUCCAGAGGGCGAGAGGCCGCAAGUGAGAGGAGCCCCAAGAGAGACCCAAGAAAAGAAGUCCGCUCGAGUCCGGGUCCGCCUGGAUGAGAUACACGCGAGACAGGCUGAGAUGGAGGCGAAAGGGAUAGAGCCGACACCGCCGGUUGAGCCCAAGACGAGCGAGCAGAGGAUCGACGAGUUGUGGGUUAGAUAUGAGAACCAGAGGGAUGCGGCCCGCCAGAGGUCACGAGAGGCAGGACAGGCGGGCGGGGAGACGAGKGAGUUGAGAGAGAUGGGGGACUUAGGGUUCUCCGCGACCAGGCAGGCGAUUGAGCGCAUGGAUCGGAGGGUAUGUGAGACGACAGUCACAUCUUUCCAGUGGUAUAAUCUGCUCAGCAAUGAGCUCAGGGUUAAGGAGUUGGAGGUAGAGCACCUGACUACUCAGCUUGCCGAGGAGAGGGGACUCCAGGCUCCAGAGCAUGCCCCGAGGUUGGGAGAGUUGAGGGCGGAGCUGGGCUCCUGGGCCACGGGGACCGACUCAGGAGGGCCAGACUCGCGACGGCAACAGCAGCAGGAGGUCAUGAGUGACCCCGCCGCUAUGGGGGGCUCUCAGCCGUCAGGAGUAUGUAGGGAUGAGGCGAUGAUGACCGAGAGGGCGCAUGAGGAGGGACCCCGAGAGUUGGAAACGCCAGAGCGAGGGCCAGGGAGUGCGGUUGCACGAGGGGGUGAGGGUGUUGAGGUUAUGGAGCCUAGACCUCAGGGCCAUGUGGGGUUGCCCUCGUGUCAUGAGGUGACUACUGAGACCAUGGGGACGCCUUCGGCAUCGAGUUUGCAGGGGAGAAAGAAGAAGAYUGCCAGGUGGCACGAUACCUCCUGUUUUUGGUGCAAGGAGGGAGGACAUAGAGCGGCGGACUGUCCAGAGCUCCUUGAGGAUAAGGCCGAGGGGCGAGUUGCGGAGGUCGAUAACAAGUUCUAUGACAGACAGGGCAGGAUAGUGGAGCGAGCUCCAGAUGGGGGCAGGGCUCAGUUGUAUAGGCAGAACCAGGAGGAACUGUGUAAGUAGGGACCGGUCUGUCUAUAUAUUGGUGGGACUAGAGAUCCUUGACACACAUAGGGCGGGGUUAGGGGUGUACAUAUUUUGAGU